AUGAGCAGGAUUCGGACAAGUGAGGAUAGAGGUGAGAGAGACAUUUCUGGCAAAGGGAUCAGAAAGAGCAAAGGCCCCAAAGCUGGAAGAGAAGGGGGUAAUUGGAGACCUGCAAACACAUCAGUGUUCAGAGAACACAGUCUGACAGAGGAUGGCUGGGGAGGUGACCUAGGAGGCCAGGCAGCAGAGUCCCAGGCAGCCCGAGAGGACUCUGAACUCUUCCCUGAUGACAUGGAAGGACGAUGUGCUGGGGACAGCCUAGGGAUGAUGAUUCGUGGUCAAACUGAAGAAUCUCAUGUAGCGGAAGUGCAGACGGAGCAGAGGAAUUCCUUUCUAAGGCCAGAGCUGGAACAGCAGGAACUGGGGUGGUUUCAUCGUUCCUUCGUAGAACCUCUCAGAUUUCACAAUUGUAUAUUGACUUUUGUGUUUUGUUCUUUACUCUGA